AUGGGCGGUGGUAAGAUGGGCCCCAAGGCCAAUCUUCGAGCGAUUGAGAUCGUGGACUUGUCGCGCUUUGGGGCUGGAGACUUUGAGACGUCAGAGGAAUCGGCCGUGGCGUACCACCUCCUGCUGAGCGCCCGCUCGCGGCGUGGUAUCGGCCUGGCCUGCGAAUGGACACCGCUGGGCAUCAGGCAACUGGCCAUUGCAGUGGAGGACUCGGCCUGUGUUUUCCUGACUCCUCCGUCGGCAAUUCUUCCAGUGACUGCCCGAGAUCUGCUAACGCAGAUGCAGCUGCCCAAGAUCUAUGCAGGAGACCUGGCCCAUUUGAAGGAGAAGGUCCAAAAAUCCUUCAGUUUGCACAUCUGCGGCGUCAUUGACAUCAGGACGCAAGACUCGAGUUUGGAAAAGAAGGCAGUAGUUAAAGAGCUUGAGCAAAUCUCGUCGAUGACGUCAUCGAUGGCGUCCGCUGAUGUGGUGGCGAAGCGUGCUUUCCUGUCACUUCUGGCCCUGCAAGACCCAAAGCCACAGCCCAAAGCGGCUCAGGCUCCCAAAGUUUCCAGUGAACUGAAGACGAAGGCAGAGUGGAGAGAGCAAGGUAUUCUCCUGAGUUCCGAUGGCUUCUACUGCUGGGUCUGCAAUGCUGGACCUUCGGGUGAAGCGAACAUGCAGCAGCAUGUGGACUCGGCUCAGCACAAGCGGCGCCUGGUGCUAGCAGGUAUCAAGCAGGAUUCGACGAUCCUACCACCCGUGCCAAAGGAGUACGAGGAUCGCGGCAUCAGCAUCAGCCCCACAAAGGAUGGAACGCUACAAUACACCUGCAAAUUGUGCAAAGCUGGUCCAUUUCCCACGCUGGAGAGUGUGAAAAGCCAUUUGGGCGGCAGCAAGCACAGUCUGAAGGAAGGACGUGAACCUGAGCUUUCCUUAUCGACCGAGUUGGCCAAGGAAGGCUUCGUAUUGGUGGAGGGCCAGCCGGGCCAGUUGCACUGCGAACGAUGCAGUGCGGGACCUUUCGACAGACAGGGCUUGAGGCAGCAUCGUCUUUCUCUGCAGCAUAGAGAGGCAGAGGUGAAUUCAGAGAUGGACGAGCAGCUUCGCCAGUUGCCUGGCUAUUGCCGACUCAUUGGCAGUGCCUUCUGCUGCUACAUGUGUGAUGUAUCUUCGGCCACUUUGGAUGGCAUGUUGCAACAUAUUUCUGGAAAGAGCCAUCGCAAGGCCUGUGUUGCCUUCGAUGAACCGGAGCCUGUCAUCCUUUGCAAAGAGCUGGUGGCUGGAGAGGCCUGGCGCAGCUAUCCUUUGCACGGCCGCUUGCGCAACGCAGCAACCUUGGAGCCGAUCUGGCGUGAGAAUGUAGAACUUUGGUCUGAUGGGCCAGGGGUGCGAAAACCAUCAAAAGCUCCAGGCCCUGUAGGACCUACUCUGCCGCGGCAGAUGGUUGCCAAGGAAGAUGUCGAAGUCUGCGAUGAAGGAUUUCUGGGGGCCAAGAUGGGAGACAAGGUCACAGUGCUGGAAGAAAACCCGGGGGAUGAAAAGGUGUGGGCAGAGAAGGACGGGACAGAGGGCUGGAUUUUGAAGACCCAACUGGUGAAGAAGCUACCACCGUGGCAGUUACAGAAGGUGAAAAAGGAGCCGGCGGCGCCUAAGGUUGCUGCCGCCCCUGUGGUGAUGCGGCACAUGAUUACCACACGCAAUGUGCAGCACCCAAGCCCACACACUCUCGCUGUGUCCGAGGGUCAGAAGGUGGAGCUGCUGGCAUUUCUACAGAGCGGCUGGGCCUGCGUCCGAGACGACCAAGGCCAUUGUGGUCUGCUGCCCUGCUCAGCACUGGCAGAGGCGCCGGGGCCGCUGGCUGCGGACCUUGCGCUGUCCGUGGAGUCCAAUUGGUCCAAGGUGGAGGAAGUGCCGCAGACGGAAGUUGGAAAGGAGAUCUCUGCUGCUGCGCUGCUGCGCAGCGCCUUUCAUCAGUGCAGCUUGAUGCUUCACGAUGGACAAGGCCGAAUCUUUCCGGCAUCACCGCAGCCGGAACAAAAAGAGAGCUCGGACAGGGUGGCAGUGGAAUGGGGAUUUUUGGGUCGUGCGAGCAUGGUACAGGUCGAUGAUGCCGAGAAGGAAGUGAAGACAAUCGCCAAAACGGGGAAGCAGGUAGUUGGAGACAUUGAGGAGGACGGGAUCAAGGUGGUGGGAGACAUUGAGGAGGACGGGAUCAAGGCUGUCAAGGCCCUUCCCAACAUCACCAAGAAGGCUGUGAAGGCCUUGCCGAAUAUCACCAACGAGGCAGGGGCACUCCUUCGAGAGGGGGAGCGGUCAGCUGACAAGGAGGUCAAGGAGGCGAGCGACGCGGCACGCGAAGGAGCCAUUGAGGUGGUGAAAGGUCUGGCCUUCAAGCCAAACACGUUGACCACAACUGUGGCGCCCGCUCACUUGCAGCCGGCUCCACUGCCACUCUCAUUCCAGCACUUCUUUUCAGUGGCCAAGAGCAAGCUCUGGCAUUCGCUACUGUACUGGUGUCAACCAGUGGUCAUAGAAUUGUUCUUGGUCUCCUUCGCCUUUGUGGCAUUUGAGAUCACCAUGGGCCUUGGGAGGCAUGCAAUGCGCUACCACAGGGGCCAGUACCACGGCAAGCUUGGUUAUCUUCAAGCCUUUUCGGCUCUGUGCAUCGAUGUUUGGUCGAGUUGGGUCUUUGGCCUCGGAGUCCUGUUGGCUUUCUGGGUCUUUGGCAUCCUUUUUUCCAAGGAGCUGGAAUUCGUGGCCCUUCGGAUGCAGGCGGUUCCUGCACAUCUGGCUGUGCCGCUUCUGGGAAGCCUUUGUGCAGCUUUAAGCCUCUACUACGUGGUGCGCUCAUUUGGAUGCCUUUCUGAAGGGCCGAGGAAAGACGUUGGAUCCCAGGUGUCUCCCCGAGGAUCGGAGGCAGACACUCUUCUGCCCGGAAGGCCAGAGGAGUUCCACACCUCCCGCAGCAUGGAGAUUAGUCUGAUGGAUGAGGAGUCUGGCCACUCAGGAGAGGCCUGUGGACUGUUGAGGUCGUUGAUUUCGGUCCUUGUGGCCGUUUUCGUCACUGCCCUGGCAGCCAUCGAGGGUCCCAUCAUCAGUGCAGCUUUGGGAUCCAGCUGGAAAGCUGCCGUCAUGAGCUCCUGGAGCUGGAGAUUGCUGCCCUGGGGGGAGAUUCUCCCAAAGGUGUGGGGCCACAAGUUAACCCUGAUGGGCCUACUGGCUCUGGUGGCUGCUGGCGGUUGCUUGAUAGGCUGCAUCCUUUCGUUUCUUCGACGUUCGGAGAAAAAGCUUUCGGUUUGAAGGCCCCCAGAGCCCUGGGGUCGAUGUUUUUCGGGCGAAAGUGAGUGAUUUACUUGAAGCUUUUCCACAGUAUGUUGUGUAC